CCACGACUCGCCGCCCGCCGCGCUGACCCCGCGCAUCCUAACUGUGGGCAGAGGGUCACCGGGAGGCCGGGGCGCGGAGAGCCCAGCCCCGCCAGCCGCCAAGCGAGCAGCCCCGCUUAAAUACCUCCGCACCCGCCUCCCCGAGCUGCACAGCUCGCCGGGCGAGGGGCCGACAAGAGCUAGCCUCCUCCCGCCGCCGCCAGCGCCGGGGACCUGCGCGCCCGCGUACCGCCGCCGAGGAGCAGAGACAGGGCUGCCUCAUGCCUGCGCACUUGCUGCAGGAGGGGCAGUUCUCCUCCGCUUCCAGCACCACCACUGUCAGCACCGUCACCUCCCGGGUGACCAGAAAUGGGGAUGCCGUCAUGAAGAAGAACUUACUCAAUCAUGAGGACUUGGCAGGAGACCGGGGCACUAUAGACGAUAUCUUUGAUGAGACCUACCAGGAGAAAGAGGGCCCCAAGCCCCUGCAAUAUGUCUGGAGGAAUAUCAUCCUCAUGAGCCUGCUGCAUCUAGGGGCCAUACUUGGGUUGGUGCUGAUACCUUCUGCAAAGAUCCAGACAUUGGCAUGGGCCAUUCUGUGUUUCCUGGUGAGUGCUCUGGGGAUAACAGCUGGAUCUCACCGCCUCUGGAGCCAUCGGUCCUACAAAGCUACGCUGCCCCUGCGGAUCUUCUUGACUAUUGCAAACUCCGUGGCCUUCCAGAAUGACAUCUAUGAAUGGGUCCGGGACCACCGCGUCCAUCACAAGUUCUCCGAGACGGACGCGGACCCACACAAUGCCAGGCGGGGCUUCUUCUUCUCCCACAUCGGCUGGCUGCUGGUGCGCAAGCACCCGGACGUCAUAGAGAAGGGCCAGAAGCUGGACCUGAGUGACAUGAAGGCUGACAAAGUGGUGAUGUUCCAGCGGAGAUACUACAAGCCCUCGGUGGUGUUGCUGUGCUUCACGCUGCCCACUGUAGUGCCCUGGUACUUCUGGGAUGAAUCCAUCAUCAUCAGCUUCUUCAUUCCAGUCAUCCUGCGCUACACCAUAGGGCUCAAUGCCACUUGGCUAGUGAACAGUGCUGCUCACAUGUUUGGCAACCGGCCGUAUGAUCAGCACAUCAACCCACGGGAGAACCCCCUGGUCAGCCUGGGGGCCCUAGGAGAAGGCUUCCACAACUACCACCACACCUUCCCCUACGACUACUCCACCAGUGAGUUUGGCUGGCGCUUCAACUUAACCACAGCCUUCAUCGACCUCAUGUGCCUCCUGGGGCUGGCCAGCGAUCGCAAGAAGGUCUCCAAGGAGGUCAUCCUGGCUCGGAAAAUGCGGACUGGAGAUGGGAGUCACAAGAGUGGCUGAGUUCCUGCUCCCCUUCACACACAUCCGCACCUCCCCUUCCUCCUUUUUUCUCCCUUUCUCCCUUCCUGACCCCUCCGAACACGCUGGACAAAGGUUUAAUGUUCUGUUUACUAACUACUGAAUAAUGCUACCAGUUUGCUUAAGAUAAUGAUAAUGAGUUUUAACCCCCCUCCCACGCUGUAUUUUACGUGAUGUAUUUAAGAUCUAGGACUCUGCCUUUAUAACGCAAGGCCACCCCUUUCCCUCCUCUCCUUUUCCUUUCCGUUCUUUCUCUCCAGCCCCUCUACCCCAUCUCCCGCUUUACGUCGUCUCGGUUUCUCCCUGGCAGAGGAGCUGGUAGGAAGCAGCCCGGGGAGGCCCAUCACAGCCGGCUACAUACCAUGGAGUUAAGGGAAGCCUGUACCAGCCAGCUGAAGAGUUGAGCCAAAGUCAGUGACCCUCUCCCCACCACCUUCCCCCCAAAAGUCUUUCCACUGUCCCUCCUCCUUUCUCAAGGGCUGCUGACAGAUGUGGCAUGCUAAACUGCUCUCCGCGGGAAAAGCAGCCCUGUCCCCUUCCCUUGCCGUCAGAAAGAGAGUUGUCUCUUUCCAAGAUGUCUCUUGGGAAGUGUACUCCCCCCCACUCCCCACCACACAGCCUCUCUGGCUGGGGCGAGGAGAGCCCCCAGACUCUCUCAGAGCUCCAGCCAGGUCCACCGGUGGCCAGGGGAGUCUGGUGGCGGCAGCGGGCACUGGAGGGGGAGCCUUGGUGGCCUUAUUACCUCCUCCCUCUGGUGUCACAGCCUCCCUCCCUGCCCACUGUGCCCCAUGCCACCAGGGACCAAAGGCAGAGCCUGGCUCCGGGCUCCGAGCCCCUUUAGAGAGCCACAGCGAGGAGGGGGACAGAUGGAGGGGUGUGCCACUGGCUGCCGUGGGGUGGCACCAGCCCAGGGUGGUUUUGUUCGCCACCGCCACUGAGAUUUUUGCUGGCAAACGGGACUUUGCCAAAAUGGAGAGGGGGAGAAGGAUGUAAACCAAAGCUCUACCGCUGAGUUAAGCUGCUUUACGCGCUGGAGGAACAGGGUCCCCACUGGGUGGCAGGCAGAUGUCCUGGUGUCCAUGCCUGCCCUGCAGAUCCGCAUCCUGUGCUGAGUGCAGGGACGGGGCAAGGCGUAGGGAGGGGUGAGGGUGUCCACGGGAGCAGGUCUCUCCAUCCUUGGGGGCUCCACUCAGUCGAUUAACAAGUGCCUGAGAAACACCAACGCAGGGCCAGGUGGCAUGGGGGGCUCGAAGGAGUCGAGACCUCCAAGGCGAGACACUGCUGCCAGUGUGGGCCACCUCCAGGCUUUCCUGCCCAGGGUCCACUGGGGUGGUUUGCCAUUCCCCGCUCCUCUGAAGGAGUGGGAAGGGGAGGCAAAAGCAGCUCCUUGUUAGUCCCUUAGCUUGCCUCCCAGCCCCCUUGAUGAGCCAUCUCACCACCUCGCUCCUUCGCCAGCGAGGCACGCAGCGAGGGCAGCUGAGCCUGCGGAAAGGUCAGUUAUAUCACCGAGCCGAUGUGGGCAUGCAGCUGGAGGAUGUGCUGGGGAAAAAAGUCCUCGUGGGUGUCGUUCCUGCAAGUCGCAGAGACCGCAGCUUGAGUUCAGGUGGUGGGUUAGGUUCUGGGUGUCAUGGCCUCGAGCCCCUCACUGGGCUGAAUGUGCUUUUUUCCCCCUUAACUCUCCUCGUUAUUAUUAAUUUUUAUUAUUAUUAUUAGUUGUAGAAAUAGUAUUGGUUUUGUUGCUUAAAUGCAUCAAAUGGAGCUGGAGGAAAGCACAACAGGUGGCCGGAAUGAGGUGAUGUUGGAGUGGGGUUUGCAGCGUCUCCCUUAGGCAGGCCAGGGAGCGCAGAGAUGGAGUGGAUGCCAACUUCCUCGCCUCAGCUCUGCCACGUAGCAGCCAGGCAAGCUUCACGGGAGCGAGUCUCUGCAGCUUUGCUUUCUCCUGCUGCUGUGAAACUCGCCAGGAGCCAGGACAGCUCUGUGAUGUUCUCCUUAACAAGAGCAUGCUUGUUACUCAGAAAAGAAGUCCUUCUCCUGUCCUUUCCCCUGCCUGCCACCACCAUGGCCUUGUUACUGCUCAGCAAUUGGACCCUUCAAGGUUUUGAGCCAUCAGGAGCAAUGUGGUCUCCAGCCGAGAGGUACAACAGGGAGGAACGGAGCAGGGAGCCCUUCAGCUCCUGGUGUCAGGAGACGGCAUCCUUACUGCUCUGAGGCUCAUGACUGCCUGGGGGCUGGCUGGGGCAAAGAGGGUUGGGGCUAGAAUUGUAUCCUACCAUUUAAAAAAAAAAAAAAAAACCUCCAAAAAAAGAGAAACUAGAGCGAGCUGACUUCGCUCUAGUCUAAAGCCCUCUGAACUCAUAGAAGUCUCCAGAGAGGAUGAAUUUGCUCCAGCCAGUAAUUUGAAAGGGGUGUGGUGAGGGGAGAAGGUGAGGAGAAUGAUUUCCUUGCUCCUGGUGCCCUUAAGGUGUUGUGUGACAUGCCCUAUGGUAGAGAAGCGUGCCGUGACAUGCCGCAAUAUUUCACAUCCUCUCAGCAGAGAAGCAGGGUUUGACAUCAAGGGUUCCUUUCAAAUUUCAAGUGCUGAUUUGGGUCCAGAAUCUGGAAUUAGGGUGGAAGCUGAGGAGCAGUAACCAAACAGUCCUGGUGUUUGCCCAGUCACUUUAAAUGUAGAUUGGCAAAUAUCUCUGGGUGCCUUAAAUCUUUCUUUAAUAUACAUAGAAGUAUUAGACAGCUAUUUGCCAUAAUUUUUUCUUUUUUUUUUUUGUUUUUGCUGAAUUAUGAACAGUUGAGGGGUUUCUUAUUUAAUUGUCUACAUUGAACUGUGGGUGCAGGUGAUUUUGAAUGUAUUUGAGUUAGAAUUUUUGUUAGAUUAAGAAACAGAUACAACACUUCAAGUAGAACUUUGUUUGAGAUAUAUAUACACACCUAUAAAUAUAUAUUUGGUGGCAUGUUUGUA